AAAGGUUUUUCCGGACUCCAGGGAUUUCGAUAGUCAACGAAGAGUUGUCUGGUGUUCAAUGUCCUUUCGCUUGUUUGUUCCCCCUCUUGCGAUGAUGAGAUGACCUGAAGCAGCCAAAUAAUAAUAACUAUUUAGUUAAUUUAACUACGCCAAAAGCCGCCAUCACACGCGUUUCGGGCAAGUUGGGAAGGAACUCGGUCACGUGGAGUUAAGUUAACACUAGUUAAAGUUAGUGUCAGAUAUACUUAUGUAGAGCUUAGUCAGCUCUCAGUCUACUUACAUAAGCUAUCUAAUUGAAGGAGCUGACUAAGCGAGAUUUGACCCUAGUAAACUUUAACUUUGAGCUAGCAAUAGUUAAUUGGCUAUUUUUGAUUUUAAAUUCCUAUUGGCUGAAAAUGCGGCUGUCUCGACCGCAGCAAAGCCCAAUCGGGUCUCCGCUUAUGCCGCUUCCAAUAAUGCUCAACAUCAACAUCGCGAAGCUGAACUAUAUAAAAGGAGCCUUUUACUCCUGAAGGAAUGGAAUUAUUUCUAGAUGCUCACACAUAGUUAGUUGAUCAACCCAAGACACUAAUUAUGACCUCAGGAAGACAAGAGCCUGUCAUCGUUGCGUCCUGCAAACAAACUCGGUUCCAUCUAGCCGAGGGCAAGGGUUCAGGCGAGAUCGAUAUUCAGGGGCUAGACAUACUUAUUGCCUCUCGCCCAUCUCAGAGUCAGGAUGCAGAGUCUUCAGGGGCAGGAAAGGCGAAGGCCCGAAAGAAGGAGAAAGCUGGCCUAGGGAUGGAGAUUCUCACUAGUGCGAAUCUUCGUUUAAAGGCCGGAGUCCAUUAUGGCCUCGUUGGUCGAAAUGGGACAGGGAAGUCAAGUGAGACUAAUCCCUGUAUUCUUGUGGGUAGAUAUGAUACCUGGUAUUGACAUGUCUGAUUAGCCCUCCUCCGAGCUAUGGCCGAUAGGCUGAUACCCGGGCUGCCUGAGCGUGUCAAGAUUGCAAUUCUCCAACAAACUGAUGUUGAAGUUGACCUCGAUUCUGAUCCGGUAUUGUUGGCCGGUAAGGGGACAGCAGCAUUACAGGUCAACGAUGAACCGUCAAAGAAGGAGCCAAGGACUGUUUUACAACAGGUCCUGCAAAGUGAUACGUCACGGAAUGAGGUCACAAGAAAAGUAAAGAUUCUAUCACAGGCGCUGGAAGACCAUGAGGACCCCCUGGCACCAGUAAAGGCCAUCAGACAACUACGCCAUGAAGCUUGUCAGCACCAACUGUUUCUGGCUCAGAAGAAUGCAAGUCUGAGAAGCGGCGCUAGGGGGCUACAAGCAAGAAAGGACUUAAAGGUAGCGGAAAGCAGGCUUGAAGAGUCAGCAGAGUAUCUCAAUCAUGAUCUUACAUCUUUGGAUGGCUCGAAAGUCGAUGAAGACACGCAGGCAGCCAUUUCGUUACUUGCUGAUGUGGAGGCACAACUUGAAAGUAUGAAUGUUGUAGACUUGGACCAAGAAGCUCGGAAGGUUCUUCUUGGUCUAGGCUUCAAAGACACUGAUUUUGGCCGACCGUUCCUCUCUCUAUCAGGAGGCUGGCGUAUGCGAUGUGUGCUGGCUGGAGCAUUGAUCCAAAGUGCAGAUAUUAUGAUUCUGGACGAACCAACUAACUUCCUUGAUAUGCUGGGCGUGAUAUGGCUGGAAACUUACCUCAGUCGAAUGCAGGAGAAUUCCGAUAAGACAGUGGUGGUAGUUUCUCAUGAUCGGGCAUUCCUCAAUAAUAUAUGCGAGGAGCUUAUAAUCCUUAGGGACAAGACACUUACCUAUUUUAAGGGCAAUGUGUCUGCAUAUGAGCAAGACCGAGAGUCUCAAAAGCUUUACUGGGGGCGUAUGAAGGAGGCGCAGGAACGACAGACGGCGCAUAUUGAGAAUACUAUCAAGAACAAUAUGAAGAUAGGCAAGAAGACAGGAGACGAUAAUAAACUGCGAAUGGCCAAAUCCAGACAGAAGAAGUUGGAUGAUCGAAUGGGGGUACAGGUAAGCGCAACAGGAGGCAGAUUCAAGCUGAGCCGUGACCGUGUUGGAUGGCAUGAUUCUAUGCGAGCUGAGAUCGAGGUCCCGGCGGACGAGAAGGGGGUAUCAAUCGACCUUCCAGAGGCGCCAGACCUGAGGUUCCCGGGACCGCUUCUCUCACUUGAAGGUGUGACAUUUCAGUAUAAACGCAACGGCCCUGUUGUGCUCAAGUCCAUUGACCUGGUGAUGCACAUGGGCGACCGUGUAGGGAUCUUGGGUCUCAACGGAUGUGGCAAGUCAACGUUAUUGAAAAUUCUAGUGGGAACAUACGAGCCAACACAGGGGAAGAUAUCUCGACACCCUCGACUGAAGCUAGGAUACUACUCCCAACACUCGGUCGAGGAGCUUCAGGAGCUCGGAAGAUCGUCGCCAACGGAGACGGGACUGAGUCUACUCUGCAGGGAGACAGAAGGCGUGCUCGAUGAAGGGGAAGUCAGAGGCAUGCUCAGUUCGCUAGGAUUGCCUGGACGGACGGCGUCAGACGUCCCCGUCUGCCAGCUAUCGGGUGGACAGCUGGUUCGGCUUGCGCUUGCCCGGAUCCUUUGGCCGAUGCCACAUAUCUUGGUGCUCGACGAGAUCACGACGCAUCUCGAUUUCCACACCGUACUGGCCCUAGCUGCAGCUCUCUCGUCAUAUAACGGGGCUCUGCUGCUAGUCUCCCACGAUCGAUACCUCGUUCGGAAGGUGGUCGAAGGCAAGGAGAACCGAGAUGGCGACGAUGACGGCGGCGGUGUAAUGGCAGAGCAUGAAGCCAAGGACCGCGGAGCGGCAGCUGUGGAUGAAUCCCAACGCCGAGAUGUCGUUGUGCUCAAGGCUGGCAAGCUGCAGCUGCAAGAGGAUGGAGUCGACCAGUUCGAGGCCAGCCUGCAGAAACGGGCCCGGAAGAUGGUUGCUUAG